UCGACUACGCUCGACGUGUGCAGAUAUCAGUGCAGAUCACUAAAUAUAUUCGAUCAGCUGAGAACGCUUUAUUAAACAAAAAAAAAAAAAAAAGAAGCAGACACAAAAAUAAAUAAAUAAAUAACUUGUGGUAUUUUGUAUUGUUUUACGUGUGCGGGAUUUCAUAAGUCCGAAAAUAAAAACGACAACAAAAGACAAGAGACCAUUGCUUAAAUUAAUAAACAAUAAAGUUCGUACAACAAAAGUAUUUAAUGGAUUUUAAGUGUCAGUGACUCUAACAACAACAACAACAACAAUAAAUAAAAACUAUUGACAAGCAACCGAAAAAGUUUAAAAUUCUUCAAUACACAAACGCCUAUAUCUGCUGUAUAAUCAGUUGAUAAUAAAAGCACAAAUCACAGGAGGAGACCAACAAAUUCAACUUUGAAGUCACUCAAGUAUUUUUGGCUAAUUACAAUGGCAGCCUACCUGGAUCCCACCGGCCAAUACUAAGCAAACGAUUGUUGCAAAAGAUUUAUAAACAUUUCAUCAGCAUACCAUAUAUAUAAAACAACUGUUUACCAUGGCCGCCUAUCUGGAUCCCACUGGUCAAUAUUGAAACGCAGUCAAGCUGCCAACUUUGUUAACUUUGAAGUUUGUAUAACAAUCACAAGUAUAAAUAUGUCGCCUGCUCUGGAUCCCACUGGCACAUACUAAGCCUGAACUUUGAUUCAAACAUCAACAUCAAACAUCAACAUCAAAUUUGAUUUUUUCAACUCACUCAAUUCUACUUGCAACUGCUACAAAAUGCUGCAACUUGAUCCAACGGGCACUUAUCGCAGGCCGCGUGACAUGCGCGACACAAGAAACAAGCAGCGACCUGAGCUGGAUCCCACAGGGCAGUACUAGGAUAACAACUACUACUACUACUGCUGUUGUCCUGUCCUAACUAAUUCAGAACGCCUUUGCCUUAAGCAAUGAUUGGGGGCGCGCGUUGGUUGCGCCUGCGUGGCCGCGAGGAGACUUCCAGCUGCCGGCGCCGAAGAAAGUAGGCGCAGCUCCAAUGCCUGGAGACUCAGCCUGAAACUUUUGUAUUUAGUUCAUUUAUAUGCAUAAUUGCUGCUACUACUAUUAUAC